GUUACUAUGCGCUUUUUUUCUUCUAAAUGAGCAGAUGCUGAUGCCCAAGAAGAAUCGCAUUGCUAUCUACGAGCUCCUCUUCAAGGAGGGAGUAAUGGUGGCCAAAAAGGACGUCCACCUGGCCAAGCAUCCCGAGCUUGCCGACAAGAACGUGCCCAAUCUUCAUGUGAUGAAAGCGAUGCAGUCCCUGAAGUCGUGCGGCUACGUCAAGGAGCAAUUUGCCUGGCGCCACUUCUACUGGUACCUCACCAACGAGGGCAUCCAGUACCUGCGGGACUUCCUUCACCUGCCCUCCGAGAUUGUGCCCGCCACGCUGCGUCGACAGACCCGCCCCGAGACUGCCAGGCCUAGACCCAAGGGUGAGGCCAAUGAAGUGAAUCCAUCCGUCCAUCUUCCGAUCCGCUUUAUCCUCACAAGGGUCGCG